AAGUGGUCAGGAAGAGCUCCAGGACCAUCUGAGCCAGAAGGGAGCGAGGAGUCGGGCAGCACGGGAGCUGGGAGACGCGGGGAGUGCAGCCAGUGGGGACACCACGGAGGGCAGCUCCUGGCUGGGGAGAGCAGGACCUGCCAGGGAGCCACUCAUCCACGGCACAGUCCAGCCCCGGCACAGCACAGCCUGGCGAUGAAGCAGCUCCUCGUCCUCCUCGGGAUGAUCGCUGGCGCCCUCCAGAUCGAGGACAACAAGAUCCCCAGCCUGUGCUCUGGCCAGCCGGGGCUGCCAGGGACACCGGGGGUGCACGGGAGCCAGGGUCUGCCUGGCAGGGACGGUCGUGAUGGUCGGGACGGAGCAGCUGGGGGGCAAGGAGACAAGGGGGAGAUGGGCCCCCCAGGCGUCCCCGGCCCCCGCGGGGACAUGGGCAACUCCGGCAUGAACGGGCUCCCAGGCGAGAAGGGGGCUCCAGGGGAGUGUGCGGUGGCACCCCGCUCGGCCUUCAGUGCCAAGCUGUCGGAGGCGCGUAGCCCGCCCGCGGCUGACCAGCCGGUGCGCUUCGACGAGGUGCUGCUCAACGAGCAGGGCCACUACGACCCGGCCACGGGCAAGUUCACGUGCGAGGUGCCUGGGCUGUACUACUUCGCCGUGCACGCCACCGUCUAUCGCACCAGCCUGCAGUUCGACCUGGUCAAGAACGGGCGCUCCGUGGCCUCCUUCUUCCAGUUCUACGGGAACUGGCCCAAGCCCACGUCGCUGUCUGGGGGCUCCCUGGUGCGCCUGGAGCCCGAGGACGAGGUGUGGGUGCAGGUGGGCGUGGGCGACUACAUCGGCUUCUACUCCAGCGUCAAGACGGACAGCACCUUCACCGGCUUCCUCAUCUACUCCUACUGGCAGAACUCCGCCGUCUUCGCCUGACGCGGCCCCGCUCGGGCCUGGGAGCCCGGACGCCUGGGUUCUUGGCCCGGCGCCGCCACUGACGCUUCCCCGGAGUGCGGCACGGGGAUAGGGAGGCUUCCCUGCCCGAGGAGCGGCUGGGAGGGGUCACCAGCUUAGCACUGUAUAAUAGCACCGUGGGGAGGGGGCUGGGGGUCCCCGUGGCCCAUAAGAGGUAGUAAGGUGGGAGCAGAGGCCUUGAUGAGCUGAGCACCGCAUCCCUGGGGCUGGGACCCGGGGUGCAGCAGGAAGGGGUCCCUCGCCCCUUGUAUGCCCCUGUACCUGGCCUAGAAGCCACGGGCUGGAUGGACCCUGGAGCCCAAACACCAGGCCCCUUGUAGGGAGCCAGCUCUGCUGUGUCCCUGCUGUGAGCAUCACCAAGGGCUUGGAGGUGCCAGAAGCCACAGCUGGGGGGCAGAUCCUGCUCCCCAAGGGCUAUCACCCUCAUGCCACUGAGGCCAGGGCAGGGGCAAUGGGUCUAGGUGCCAGCUGGGGCUGUGCAGCACAUGCCCUGCAUGGCACUAGGGCUGGGAUGGGUCCCCCCAGCUGAGCUGGAGGCCCAGGCCGCGCUGAUGUUCCCUCCCAGCCAAAUGUGCUCCCUGCCAUGUACCUGCCACCCCAGACCCCUCAAUAAAUGGGCUCUGAGCUG